AUGUCAGGAGCUAGGACUCAGGUCGCCGAUUCGUCUACUUCACCCCCAUUAAGUGAAAGCCGACGUUUAGAUUAUUCGGGCUUAAAAUUCGCAUACGCCGACGGGUCGGAUGAAGAAAGUGCGUCGAUAACACCGGAACUUCCUUCAUGCGUGUAUGCAGCAGCAAGAACGAGACUACAGUUACCGCUCGCUGCCUACGUCCAUCAACACUCCAGGCAGCUACACUCAGAUGCUCUGUUGGAGACAUCCGUGGAGCCGGACUACCAGUGCGGCGGAUCGCCGUAUCGCGUGCAACGCGCCGCUGCCAACGUUCGGGAACGUCGACGGAUGCUGAGGUCCGGACCCAAUGGCAGUAUAAACUCGGCGUUCGACGAAUUGCGGGUGCACGUACCAACAUUUCCCUACGAGAAACGUCUCAGUAAAAUCGAUACACUGCGGCUAGCUAUUGCGUACAUAGCGUUACUUCGAGAGGUACUAGACGCUGACUAUGAUCCUCUUACAUACGUUGAAAAAUGCCUUCGUGGGGAAAUAAAAGCAGAUCGCGCUCAUUGGAAUACUAGCGAUUUAACAGCACGACUAUCCUGGAUAAAUUGGGAAAAUCUUGGAGUGAAUCCUCAACGUAGAAGUGUCCUCACUUCAAUCGCACUUAGCUCAGACAAUCUUCAAUAUCCCCAUAAC